AUGUCUUCCGUCAAGUCCACCAUCGCCCUCGUUGGCGCCUUCGCCGCUAGCGCUCUCGCCCACGGCACCGUCACUGGUUUCAAGUUCGACGGCGCCUACGAGGCCGGCUACAAGCUCGACUACUACUACCUCAAGCAGAACGGAGGCACUCCCCCCUCCAUUUCUGCCUGGUCCGCCGAGAACCUCGACAACGGCUUCGUUGACGGCACCGGUUACGCUUCCGCCGACAUCAACUGCCACAAGAACGGUGCUCCUGGUGCCGUCGCCUCCACCGUUGCUGCCGGUGGCACCGUCGACUUUGAGUGGUCCGCCUGGCCCGAGUCUCACUUCGGUCCCGUCCUCACCUACGCCGCAAAGGUCGACGGUGACGACUGGGCCUCCGUCGACAAGACCACCCUCAAGUGGGUCAAGAUUGACGAGUCUGGCAUUGAUAUCGCCACCCAGGAGUGGGCUGCCACCAAGCUCAUUGCCAACAACAACACCUGGUCCACCACCAUCCCCUCCGACCUCGCCGCCGGCAACUACGUUCUCCGUCACGAGAUCAUUGCCAUGCACGGUGCUGGCUCCCUGAACGGUGCCCAGAACUACCCCCAGUGUGUCAACGUCAAGAUCACUGGCUCAGGUACCGCCAACCCCGAGGGAACCCUCGGCACUGAGCUGUACAAGAACACCGACGCUGGUAUCCAGUUCAACCCCUACGGCACUAUCUCCAGCUACACCAUCCCCGGCCCUGCCCUGUACGGCUCCGGCUCCGGCUCUGGUUCUGGCUCCGGCUCCGGCUCUGGAUCUGGCUCCAACAGCACCACCCCCGCCACCCCCUCUGCUCCCUCCACCACCGCCCCGUCUGCCACCCCCGCCGUCUCCGGCGCUGCUGACGAUGCCUGCGCCAAGAAGGCUCGCCGCCACGCUCGCUCUUUCCGCCUCCGCCACUAA